CAGGACUAUCAGGAGCUUUUGCAGCGGCCCUCACGCGCCUACGCCUACGUUGUUACCCAGGAUGCCUGGGACUUUUUCAAUCGCCAGCAAAAGGUGCUCAUCCAGCCGUAUUUCCACAUGUCUCAGGUGUGCUUCGGUGGCCUCUUCAAUGCGUUUCCCAUGCAGAAGAAUGCAACGUUUGCUGCUGCGCUGGAUCGCUUUAUGCUCUAUGUGCGCCAGGCGGGUCUAUGGGGCUACUGGGAGGACAUGGCUUUCAUCUAUGCGGUGCGUGCCGAGUAUGCAAUGGUAUUCCUGGAUACCUAUCCGGUGGAGCCUCUCAAUAUGGAGUUCUUCAAUACUGCGUGGAUUGUAUUUGUCGCUGGCAUUCCCAUAUGCUGUGUGGUUUACGUCUUGGAGCACAUCUGGUACCGCUGGCAAAGGCGUCAGUCCAGGCAGCGACAGCUCAGUUGCCAGUGUCCAGUGCAUGGUGAAUAAAGAGCAAGUUUAAUUUGCUUUAACAAAUGUUGCAAUGCA